GUGUCCGUGUCCGUGUCCGUGUCCGUGUCCGUGUCCGUGUCCGUGUCCGUGCCCGUGCCCGUGCCCGUGUCCGUGUCCGUGCCCGUGCCCGUGCCCGUGCCCGUGUCCGUGCCCGUGCCCGUGCCCGUGCCCGUGUCCGUGCCCGUGCCCGUGCCCGUGCCCGUGCCCGUGUCCGUGCCCGUGCCCGUGCCCGUGCCCGUGUCCGUGUCCGUGCCCGAGCCCGUGCCCGCGUCCGCGCCCGUGCUGCGCCCCGCGCUGCCCGCCCCUCCGCUGCCAGGCCCCGGUGGGUGCUCCCGUUGCUCGGCUGCAGCCCGAGCCCGCCAGCAUCCCGUACCCGUGUCGGGCACCCCGUUACCGGGCAUCCCGUGCCCGUGUCGGGCACCCCGUUACCGGGCAUCCCGUGCCCGGGACCCCGCGCCCGAAGCGGCGGUCUCAUCCCGCAGGGCUCCCAGCGCGGCCAGCAGGUGGAGCUCCCGGACCGGCAGACGGCCCGUUACAGCCCGGCGCGGAGCUGCCGCCGGGCCGGGCCGGGCAGGGCCUGCGGGGCUGGGGGAGUUCGAGGCUCCGAAGCUGCCGGCAGUUACCGCUCCGCCCCCACGCUCCGGGCGGGCCCCGCCGUGCCCGUACCCCGCUGCGCCGGCUGCUUGACCCGGUGCUGCAGCCCCGGUGCGGCCGGUCCCGCCGGCAGGCGCUGGCUGCUGCGGCUCCCGCCCUCGCACCUCGGCCCCGGGCGGCAGCUCCUGCACCGAAGGUUCCGCUGCAGCCCCACGGCAAGUGUCCCUGGGCUGUGCCGCGCCAUCCCACCGCGCCAUCCCACCGCGCCAUCCCACCGCGCCAUCCCACCGCGCCAUCCCACCGCGCCAUCCCACCGCGCCAUCCCACCGCGCCAUCCCACCGCGCCAUCCCACCGCGCCCUGCCGGCACCGCCGCCCUGGCAGUGACCCCGCUGUGCCAUCCCACCGCGCCCUGCCGGCACCGCCGCCCCGGCGGGGACCCUGCUGUGCUGCCACCCACGACCAGGCCCAGCAGAACGGAGGACGCCGGUGGAGCGGUGACGGUCCCAGGGGUCGUCCCCUCCAGCUCUCUGUGCUUGGGGGCCCUUCAGUGCUCCCGGCCAGCUCCUUGCUCCCCAUACCCAGCUCUGCUGGCUCACCCAGAGCUGCUCAUGCUCUCUCUCCCAUGGCCUGUCCAUCCCCUCCCCAGGCCACAGGGUCCAGGAGGGCUGCCCGGGGCAGAAUUUGGGACAGGAGUCUGUCCUGGGGCCGGGGUGACCCGUGGGCCAGGGGAACCGCUCCCGGGUGACCACGGUGCAGGCUCAGGCUGUGGGAGGAGGUGGGGGCUGCGAGGGGGGCGCAGGGCAGAUGGAGAAGUGACGGAAAGGUGGCUCAAGCUGCGGGAGCAGCAGCCCGGCUGCGGCGGCCCUGGAGCAGCUCUCGGGAGGACGUGAGUCCCAGGGCAGCUUGGCUGUGGGGACAGAGGGGCCGGCCAGCGCCGGCGUUGGCUGAGCAGGGCCAGGGAACAAGCACCAUCCCCGCGGGCGCUGGACAGCCGGGGUUUGCAGCGGGCGGGAGGAAGGAAGUGGUUGAUGCUGAACCGUUGCUUUGCUUGCCGUCCUGGGGCCGCAGGGAGCACAGGGCUGGUGCGGGUCAGGCCGCAGCGUGCGCUGCACCGGCAUUCGCCACCGAGCCUCGUGCACCGAGGGCUGAGGACGGGCGGCCGGGCUGGGCAGGCGGAGGCCAGUUCCCUGCAGGGCUGCUCCGGGCGCGGGGCCGGCCCGGGGGCUGGGCUCCCCGCGCUCCCCGGGCGGCUGGAGCUGCGCUGGCUCCGAGUCUGGGGCUGCCGCCCGUGUCCUGGGUCUGCUGCCCGUGUCCGGGGCCACCGCCCGUGUCUGGGGCCGCCGCCCGUGUCCUGGGGCCUCCGCCCGUGUCCGGGGCCGCCGCCCGUGUCCGGGGCCGCCGCCCGUGUCCUGGGGCCGCCGCCCGUGUCCUGGGGCCUCCGCCCGUGUCUGGGGCCGCCGCCCGUGUCUGGGGCCGCCGGGCCCUGGCUGCGCAGCUCAGCCCGGGGGCUCCUGGUGCCGCAGCAUCGCUCGGGCCAGCAGCCCCAUUCCCCCGCGGCAGGGCCGGUGACCCACGCAGCGUUGGCCCUGGGGGGUGGUGUGGCAGGUCCCGGGGCUCUGUCCCCGCCGCCCCUGCUCCGGCUCGCUGUGGGGUGCUGCCGGUUGGGUGGGUCCCUGCAGCACCCGCUGCGCCGUGAGGAAGCGGAGGUUUGCACAAGCCGGUGAGGUACACGUGACCGGGGACCGCGGCAGGAGGAACCAGCAGCCGCCCCACGCAGGGUCCUGGUCUCAUGGCACAACCGGACAUGGCCCCGUGGCUGCCCACCAAGGAGGAGAAGUAUGGUGUGGCCCUGUGGAACUUCCCACGCACCCACGAGCAUCACCUCCCGCUGCAGAUCGGGGAGACGGUGCACAUCCUGCAAGCCUCUGAGGGCUGGUACCGCGGGUACUCGCUCCGGAACAGGGCUGUGCGGGGCAUCUUCCCUGCCUCGCUCAUCCACCUGAAGGCGGCCGUGGUGCAGCGCAGGGGGGCAGAGGAGAGCCUGGUUCCUGCCGAGAUGCCCAUGGUGCAGGAGAUCACCACCACGCUGCGCGAGUGGGCCACCAUCUGGAAGCAGCUCUACGUGGCGGGGCAGACGGAGCGGUACCGGCAGGUGAAGCAGAUGAUGUGCGAGCUGAUGGAGCGGCGCUUGCAGCUGCUCUCGGGGACGCUGCCCAAGGACGAGCUCCUGCAGCUCAAGAAGGAGGUGACGGGCAAGAUCGACUACGGCAACAAGAUCCUGGCGCUGGACCUGGUGGUGCGGGACGAGGACGAAAACAUCCUGGACCCCGACAGUACCAGCGUCAUCAGCCUGUUCCAGGCGCACCGGAGGGCUGCGCAGACCAUCACGCAGCGCAUCCAGGAGGAGACGAGCCCGCAGCAGAGCGCGCUGGGCUGCAGCACCCGCCGGGCGGCCUCGCCGUCCCACAGCCUCUACCUCUGCGUGCGCAACUUUGUCUGCAACAUCGGGGAGGAGGCGCAGCUCUUCAUGGCGCUGUACGACCCCGCCGAGCAGCGCAUCAUCAGCGAGAACUACGUGAUCCGCUGGGCCAGCACCGGCGUCCCCCAGGACAUCGAGCUGCUCAACAACCUCAAGGCUGUGUUCACGGACCUGGGCAGCACAGACCUGAAGCGGGAGCGGCUGUUCCUGGUGUGCCAGAUCAUCCGCGUGGGACGCAUGGACCUGCGGGACAGCUUCAGCCGCAAGCUCAGCACGGGGCUGCGGCGGCCCUUCGGCAUCUCCGUGAUGGACAUCACGGACAUCACCAAGGGCAAGUGCGAGAGCGACGAGGACAAGCAGCACUUCAUCCCCGUGCACCUGGCAGCUGGUGACGAUUUUCUUCACAACAUGAUCAAGAAGGCAGUGGAGGGGAAGGACAUCAACCACAAGGGACAAGGGUUCUGGGUGUCCCUGAAGAUGCUGUGGGGUGACCUGAGCCAGGUGCGGAAGGACCACCCCCACCUGGUGGACCGCAGCACGGUGGUGGCACGCAAGCUGGGCUACCCGGAGGUCAUCAUGCCAGGGGACGUCAGGAACGACAUCUACCUGACGCUGGUGCAGGGCGAGUUCGACAAGGGGAGCAAGAAGACGCAGAAGAACGUGGAGGUGACGGUGUGCGUCUGCGACGAGUCGGGCGGCGUGCUGCAGAACGUGAUUUACCACGGCGCGGGGGACAAGCCAUCGAGCGAGUACCACUCCGUGGUGUACUACCAGCAGCGGCACCAGCGCUGGAUGGAGACGGUGAAGAUCGCUGUUCCCAUCGAGGACGUCCACAAGACCCACCUGAGAUUCACCUUCCGGCAUCGCUCCUCCAAUGACUCCAAGGACAAGAGCGAGCGGAUCUUCUCCAUGGCCUUUGUGAAGCUGAUGCGCCCGGACGGCACGACGCUGCGUGACGGGGAGCACGACCUGGUUCUGUACAAGGGUGACAGCAGGAGGAUGGAGGACGCCAGCGCGUACCUGUCCCUGCCCUCGGUGAGGAACGUGCCCGAGCCGAAGCUCCUGUCCGGCUCCUCGUUCCGCAUGAGCGGGGCCACGCCGGGCCUGACGGUGUCGGCGCGGGACAGCUUCCAGAUCUCCACGCUCGUCUGCUCCACCAAGCUGACCCAGAACGUGAACCUGCUGGGGCUGCUCAAGUGGCGCUCGCAGCCCAGCCUGCUCGCCGGGAACCUCCAGAACCUGAUGCACGUGGACGGCGGGGAGGUCAUCAAGUUCCUCCAGGACACGCUGGACGCCUUGUUCUCCAUCAUGAUGGAGAAUUCGCACACGGAUGUCUAUGACACGCUUGUGUUCGACGCCCUGGUCUUCAUCGUGGGGCUGGUGGCUGAUAGUAAGUUCCAGCAUUUCAACGCCGUCCUGGAGGCCUAUAUCCGCCAGCACUUCAGCGCCACGCUGGCCUACAAGAAGCUGCUCUCGGUGCUCACGCAGUACGUGGAGCAUGCGAGCCGGGGGGAGCCCUGCGAGCCGCUCCUGCGCACCUUCAAGGCCCUGGAGUACGUGUUCAAGUUCAUCGUCCGCUCCCGGCGCCUCUUUGCCCAGCUGUACGAGGGCAAGGAGAUGGCCGAGUUCCAGCACUCGCUGCAGCGGUUCUUCCUGGCCCUGAACCAGCUGAUGGAGUCCCCGCUGGAGGGUCCCACGCUGCUGUCCCAGGGAGCGGCACUCAAGUUCCUGCCGUCCGUGCUGGGGGACGUGUUCGGGAUCCUCGACUCCUCGGUGCUGGGGGCCUUGCUGCGGGACUUCAUCGGGAACCUGCCGCCCCAGCGGCUGCUGAAGCAGAAGCUGCAGUCCCUGCGCGACAUCGUCACCAGCAAGGUGUUCCAGUCCUACGAGUGCCGGGAGCUGCUGCUGCAGACAGUGGUGCCCGUCCUGCGGGAGCUGAUCGAGAGGGGCGAGGAGGAGGACGCCUGCAUCGAGCUGCUCAGCAGCAUCCUGGAGGUGCUGUACAGGGCCCAGAAGCGAGCGGAGCAGCUGCGGGCGCAGCGUGGUGCCGGCGAGGGACGGCACAGGGACCGCGGGGACAUGGAGCUGGUGCAGGUGAAGAAGCACGUCCAGCUGAUCCUGGAGCGGCUGCUGCACACCGUCAGCCGCAGGCUGAUCGUCCUGGAGCGGGAGAACGUGCUGCGGAGCCACUACGUGGCCUGCUUGGCCGCCAUCCUGAGCCAGAUGGACAAGGACCACUACAGCUCCUACAUCAAGACGUUCCCCUCCCAGCCCGAGCUGAUGGACUUCCUCAUGGAGACCUCCAUCCUCUUCAAGGACCUGAUCGGCAAGACGGUGUAUCCCUGCGACUGGGUGGUGAUGAACAUGGUGCAGAACCGGGAGUUCCUGCGUGCCAUCAACCACUUUGCCGUGACCCUCAGGGAGAUGUUCCUGAGCAACAGCAGCUUCGAGCUGCAGCUUUGGAACAACUAUUUCCACCUGGCCGUGGCUUUCCUCACCCAGGACUCGCUGCAGCUGGAGAACUUCUCCCAGGCCAAGCGCAGCAGCAUCCUGGCCAAGUACGGCGACAUGAGAGCCGCCAUCGGAGCUUCCAUUCGGGACAUGUGGUACAACCUAGGCCAGCACAAGAUCGAGUUCAUCCCGGGCAUGGUGGGCCCCAUCCUGGAGAUGACGCUGGUGCCGGAGCUGGAGCUGCGCAAGUCCACCAUCCCCAUCUUCUUCGACAUGAUGCUCUGCGAGUACGAGCUGACCCGGAGCUUCAGCCGGUUUGAGGAUGAGAUCCUGCGCAAGCUGGACAGCGAGGUGGAGGGCGGCCGGGGCGACGAGCAGUACAAGCAGCUGUUCCAGAGCAUCCUGCUCAGCUGCUGCCGGGGACACCCCGAGCUGGCCAAGCCUGGGGAGAACUUUGUGGCGCUGGUGACUGGGCUUCUGGAGCGGCUCCUUGAUUACCGGGCGGUGAUGAACGACGAGAACAAAACCUACAGCAUGAGCUGCACCGUCAACCUGCUGAACUUCUACAAGGAGAUCGACCGCCAGGCCAUGUACAUCAGGUACCUGUACAAGCUGAAGGACUUGCACAUCAGCUACGAGAACUACACGGAGGGAGCCUACACCCUGCUGCUGCACGCCCGGCUGCUCAAGUGGUCGGACGAGGCAAACACAGCCCCCAUGCAGGGCUUGCACAGCCCCAGCCUGCACACCCAGCGCCAGCUGAAGGAGUUUUUGUACAACCAGAUCAUCGACUACUUUGACCAGGGCAAGAUGUGGGAGGAGGCCAUCCACAUCUGCAAGGAGCUGGCGGAGCAGUACGAGAGCGAAGUCUUUGACUACGAAAUGCUGAGUGACAUCCUGCAGCGGGAGGCCAAGUUCUACGAGAAGAUCCUGAAGGUGCUGCGGCCCAGCCCGGACUACUUCGCCGUGGGCUACUAUGGCCAAGGCUUCCCCACCUUCCUGCGGAACAAGGUCUUCAUCUACCGGGGCAAGGAGUACGAGCGGCGGGAGGACUUCGAGAUGCGGCUGCUGAGCCCCUUCCCCAACGCCGAGAAGCUGACGACCACGUCUCCACCUGGGCAGGACGUCACCGGCUCCCCGGGCCAGUACAUCCAGUGCUUCACCGUGCAGCCCGCGGAGGACGCCAAGGGCCGGUUCAAGGACCGGAGCAUCCCGGAGCAGAUCACCAAUUUCUAUAAAGCCAACCACGUCCAGAAGUUCAGCUACUCACGGCCCUUCAAGAAAGGCCCAAAGGAUCCAGACAAUGAAUUUGCAAACAUGUGGAUCGAGCGCACGACCUUCGUAACGGCAUACCCGCUGCCCGGCAUCCUGCGCUGGUUCGCGGUGACGUCCACCACCACGACCGUCAUCUCCCCCCUGGAAAACGCCAUCGAGACCAUGAUGAAAACAAAUGAGAAAAUUAUGAGCGAGAUCAAUCGGCAUCAGAGCGACCCCAGCCUGCCCAUCAACCCGCUCUCCAUGCUGCUCAACGGCAUCGUGGACCCCGCUGUCAUGGGCGGCUUCGCCAAGUACGAGACGGCCUUUUUCCAGGAGUCCUACCUGCAGGAGCACCCCGAGGAUGAGGGGAACAUCGAGAAGCUGAAGGACCUGAUCGCCUGGCAGGCCCCGCUGCUGGCCGAGGGGAUCCGCAUCCACAGGCGGAAGGUGACGGAGGACCUGCGGCCCUUCCACGAGCGCAUGGAGCAGUGCUUCACGCAGCUGCGCGCCAAGGUGGAGAGCCAGUAUGGGGUGCGGGAGAUGGUCUGCUUCGAGGACCGUCGGAGCGGACGACCCCGGUCCAUGGCAUGGGGAGCCGACUGGGACCGGCUGAGCAAUGCUGGGGACAGCACAGAGACGCCCCCGACCGCAAAGCCGGCCCCUCACGCCCCCGAGAGCGAGGACUGCAGGAGCGAGCGCAGAGAGAACCGCUCCAGCACCUUCUUCGGGUACCGCCGGCAGGACCCACGCCAGUCCAUCUCGGAGCUGCCCGAGCCCCAGGACGAGAAGCGCAGACGGUCCCGCAACAUGAGCCAGAGCAGCCCCGGCAGCCCUGACGGGAAACAGCCCCCGCCGGGCCGAGCCGCGCCCGGUGCCCAGCCCAGCACCGCAGGGCUGGCCCCGGCCCCGGCCCCCACCGGCUUCGGCGGCCGCAUGAGGAGCGCCAGCCGGGCGCCCCCGCCGCCCCGCAGGAUCAGCCCCACCGUGUACGAGACGUUCCUGGAGCUCAGUGACACAGCGGGGAAGCCGCCCGCAUCGCCCUCGGCGGAGGGAAACAAAGGGCUGAAGUCGCCGCCGCCGCCGCCGCCACCCAAGUCCAGGCGACUGUCUCAGCUCUGACCCGCUGCCGGCCCCGGGACACGGACCCCGCGGCGCGGGACAAACGGCGCUACCCGAUCCUGCCCCAUGCGGCCCCACAGCCCCGCUGCACCACACGCCCCAGGACCCCUGCGUGUCCCGGCACCCGGGGUGGCUCAAGGCACUGCUGUCCCCAAGCUCCGGCCAUUGCCACCCCAGGUGUCCCCAGUGCCAGGGCCCCCCCGUCCCACACACACAUCCGCCCCCUGCACAGCCCCGGGGCCGCACUCCUCUCCUGCCCCUGCACCGGGACACGUCCCCGUGCAGAGCGGUGCCGAGCUGCCCCCAGCCCCUCCAGUGUGAUCACACUGCACCAAGGACAUCCAUCCGUCUGUCUGUCCGCCCCCGCGCCCCAACCUGCCUGCAGCCCCGCCAUGCACGCGACACGCGAGCUCCUCCCGCCCCCGCUCUGCGCCUGCAGCCCUCGGCCGCCCCGUCCCACAGCCCCGGACAAACGCUGCAGCCCGGCGGCCCUGGGCAGCGUCACCGCUGGACGGUGCCGGCUCUGGAGCCGGGCUCUGGUGCUGCAACCGCCUGCACCGGGACGGUGCUGCUGCCCUGGCCACCUGCGCUGCCCACCUGCUUGCAGCAGGAUGCGGCCACGGCCGCAGCCAGCUAAUAAAGGACUCGUGUAUCAGCCA